AUGACAAUCAAUUAUUAGAACAACAAUUAGUAGAAUUUAAAUAAAAAUUAUCAAAUUCACUUAAUAUCAAUUAAUUAAAUUGAAAUAUUAGGUGUAUCAAAAGGAAGCUUUGAAAUUAGUUUUUAAAUAACAGGAAAAAAUUCAGAUGAGAUUAAACAACAGAUUAAAAAUAAACCAGAAGGAUAAAAAUUCUUAAAUGAAUAUUGCAAUGGUUAAGUUGAACAGGUAACAUACUUUGAUAAUGCAAGAACUGCUGGAGGAAAUUAGGCAAAAAACUCCACAGGAGUAGCUUUAUCUUCUGAUGAUUUUAAUCCUCAAUUCAAUAUGAGUUGGGAUAAUUUGCCUGAAAAAGAAUAAAGAGGACCUCCUUAUCAUAGAUAUGAUUAUUAUUUUCCCAGAGGUUGUUAUGGACUUGGAUUAAAAGUAAAAAAUUAUGGAAAUGAUGAUUGGAUAAAAAUGGAUGGCAACGCUAAUGAAUGGAGAAUUUUGUAUCAUGGUACUAAAAAUUUUGCUAUAAACUAAAUUGUUAAAAAUAAUUUAGUACCAGGGGGUGGAUAAGCUUAUGCUGGUUAUUAGUGUCAAGAUGAAUUUGGUAAUACAGUUCCUGUUGGGAAUGGAAUUUAUUUUUCUGAUAAAUUAUCAGUUUGUCAAGGAUAUACAUCCCCUGUUUAGGCAGGUAAUAAGAAAUUUAGGGUUUAUUUUAUGUCCAGGGUGAAUCCAAAAAAAAUUAGAUAAAGUAAUGAAAUGAAACCAAUUAAUUAUUUUGUUGUUAAUAACUCUUAAGAUGUAAGGCCAUAUAGAAUUCUAAUUUAGGAAGAGAAAUGA